AUGCCCAACCCGCCUAUCGACCCUCAGGCCGAUAGAGCCAACGAACCUGAUCCAUCGGACACCGAUAUGAUGGGCUUCACAAGCUUCGACGAGCUUGACAGCGCAAUUCUCGACGGAUUCGAUCCAGCCAACAUUAACCAGAUGUUUGCGGAAUUUACAGACUCCCUCAAUGCCGAAAUGGCAAAUGCUAUCGCAAGUGCCAAUAUUCAGAUGCCUCCCCAAGCAACGCACUUGGUAUCCAGUCAACAGGGCCUUGAAGCCUACAUGGUUCAAAUGCAAAUUUAUGCUGGAAUCUCUCUAGACCAACUUCAGCCAAUGCGAGCAUCACCACAGUCCCAAGGGGGCCGGAGAGCCCCAGUCAUCCAAAUCGUUAACGGUCGAACCAUGCUGGCUGUCAUCCCUCCAGCGACCUUUAAUGGGUUUUUGGCUCCGAUGUUAACUCACCAAAUUGGCCCAUGGAACUCGGAAAAUGUGGAAGGCGGCCCUGGUCAUAACGCUCAGCCUGAGUCUCAAUACACUGGCUCCAACCCCAAUGGCUCCAAAACCGACGAGUCCGACAACAAUGGUUACAAUACCGAUUGUUCCAAUUCCGAUGACUCCGACAACGAUGGUUCCAACAGUGAUGGUUCCAACAGUGAUGGUGCCAAACCCGAUGGUUCCGACACCGAUGGUCCGGACAACGAGGGUACAGGAACAUGCGUCUAUAUCAGAGCUGAAGAUUCUGACAUUGAAAUCGACAUGGGUGAAAGUGGAAAUCGGUGA